UGUCUGCCCUCCCCCCUUCUGUGUAGGUUUUGCGUCAGUGCCCGAUGAAAUGCUCUCACCCGCCUCGCUUCACUACACCAUGCCUAGCCCGCUGCAGGCUGACCACUUCUGGAACGACGUCACAAACCUGGACGGCCUCGCCCUGGCACGGCCUGGCACCGAACCCCUGCUGGAACUGUCCGACACCGCUCACCCGGCCUGGUCGCUAGGCCCCAGGCCUCCCCUGGUCGUGGCGGAGGAUUCCUCCCUGGACUGCAGCCGGGCCGAGGACUCGUUGCUUCCCGGUUCCCUCCCCGUCGCCGAGGAGGAGGACUCCCUGGAGACGGACCCCAUCAACGGCCUGAUCGAGAUAUUCAAUCAGGAGAUGGAGGCAGCGACAGGGAGAGGCGGCACCGCAGCCUCGCCCGCUCUGAGCACAGGGAAUGGCAUUUGUGUCGUUGCAGGGCGACCAGAGUCGAACGCCGCACGCACGGGCUCACCCACCCCCAGAGGAGACGCCCAGGAGUGGCCGGGAAUGAGCACAGCCAGCUCCCGAGACUCCGGCCGGACGGUCCUGACCGACAGUGGCUCGCUCACUGUAGCCGAGGGAGGACUAACGCAGGCCGAGGCCUGGAAAGCCAGGAAGGAGUGGGCCAGGCAGCCGGAGUGGGCCAGGCUGAGGGUGACGCAGGAGAAGCUGGUCCAGCCGGUGCAGGACCAAGCCCGGCUCCAGUCGCUGCGUCGGCGCCAGCCAGAGGGCUCAGAGAACCCCCUGGGCCUUUCCCCGUCCGGAGUCAGCGGCUCGGAUCCCAGGAGCAGCUGGAUCACCCUGGAAGAGGAGGAGGUGCUGGGCUCCGGGGAGGAGGAGCUGGACAGGGAGCUCGGGGAGGGGGAGACCAGCUCCGACGAUGAGGAGAUCGUCACCACCAGGGUCGUCAGGCGGAGGCUGAUCGUCAAGGGCGAAGAAGCCAAGAACAUUCCGGGAGAAUCGGUGAGGGAGGAGCAGUUCACCGACGAAGAUGGCAACCUGGUGACGAAGAAAAUUGUUCGGAAGGUGGUGCGGAGGGUAACUCCAGCCGAAGGGAAGGAGGAGACAGUGGAGAUACUGCACCAGGAACCAGCAUCCUCGGAAAACCAGCCAGACAACUUGGCAAAGUACGGAGUGUUUGUGCGGGACUCCACCAGCAGGAAGCUGACAGAGAGUGACAGUGCCUUGUACUCUGAGUGGAUUCAUGGCCGAAUGGGUGCACAGAUUGUGAAGAGAAUCAGCUCCCGAGGCACUCCGUCACUGCCGUGAUUUAGGGAUGGGUGCCACAAGGGUUCUGCACGCACCACCCAGCCCUGACAGCAGCGAGCUGACGAACCGGCAGCGUUGGGUUUGCAAGGGGAAGACAAAAAUUGACUUUACCUUAGGCUACACGCAUGAGCUCCACCUGAGAGUUACUCACCUCAAUUCGCAUGAUCGACCUGCCAACCGCAUGUGUCUGUCGCACCAGCCAAGGGGACGUGAAGCGGGCACCAUUGACCCGGCAGCUGGGACCCGGACUUCCAAUUAUCAAGAUGCAGACGGAGCAUCUUCGCCCACCCACCCCAUCCCUCGACUAGACUCCCCCGUUCCAACAGCCCAACCAGUCCCACCCUGAACGCUCACCUCUCUCUCUCUCUCUCUCUCCUUGGAGAUGACAUCUUGGCGUGGUCUUCCAUUCAGUUGCUUUUUCUUUAGCUGCCUGUGGUUCAUUUUGAAUACUAUGCAAAAAAAAAAAACCAGUGGUGCACAGCAAUAUAUCCAUCCCAGCGCCUUUCAGGACAGUUCCACAAGCAGCUGAUAGACAGAAACCCUGUUCUGCAAAGAUGGCUUUAUUCUUUGUCAGCAUUGACACUGGUUCAGCACUGACCCUUUCACCAAGGCUGUGAUGCAUCUGAGGUCUCUGUUCCUGUGGGUUUUUUUUUGUUUCUGUAAAGGGUUUUGUUUUUUUUUUGCAGUGAGA